AUGGGAAAGAGUAUAGACGGCACGGUCGGCACGGUGGAGCAGCUGUCGACUCUGGUAUCUGAAUUCGCACCGUUUUCCCCCCCAUCCCUUCCUGUUAUCCUUAUUCUUUCCACUAUUCUUCAUUGUCAAGCCGCCAAAGUGGAGAGUGUGAUUGCAGAAGGGGGUGCUUCUCGUUUCAGUGCUUCUUCGGGGGGAGGAGGUGGUAGGGGUGCACCUCAGCACUAUCCCAAGACUGUCGGCAACAGCGAGUUCCUGGGGAAAACCCCAGGGCAAAGCGUUCAGAGAUGGGUUCCUUCACGAAGCACUAGACGAGAUGCCAACUCCAGCAAUGAAAAAGAGCGGCACGAUGCGAUCUUCAGGAAAGUGAGAGGCAUACUCAACAAACUCACGCCUGAUAAGUUUGACAAGCUAUGCCUUGAGCUCCUGAACGUGGGCGUAGACUCCAAACUCGUCCUUAAAGGUAUCAUCUUGCUGAUUGUGGACAAAGCCCUAGAAGAGCCCAAGUAUAGCUCGCUCUAUGCUCAGCUAUGUCUGCGCUUGGCAGAGGACGCACCAAACUUUGAUGGCCCUUCAACCGAGAUCCAAACCUCCCAAAAGCAGAGCACAACCUUCAGAAGACUCCUGAUUUCCAAGCUUCAAGAUGAAUUUGAAAACCGUGCCAGAAAUGUUGAAAUCUAUGACAAACAUGACAACCCUCUUACUUCUGAGGAGGAGGAGCAGAGAGCCAUCGCCAAGAUCAAGAUGCUUGGCAACAUUAAAUUCAUCGGGGAACUUGGCAAACUCGACCUCAUCCACGAAUCUAUCCUUCAUAAGUGCAUCAAGACGCUUCUGGAAAAGAAGAAGAGAGUCCAACUUAAGGAUAUGGGCGAGGAUCUGGAGUGUCUCUGUCAGAUAAUGAGAACUGUCGGGCCGAGACUCGACCAUGAGAAAGCAAAGUCUUUAAUGGAUCAGUACUUUGGCCGUAUGCGAUCCUUAAUGAACAACAAGGAUUUGCCAGCAAGGAUCCGCUUCCUGCUGCAAGACACAGUGGAACUGCGAGAGAACAACUGGGUCCCCCGCAAAGCUUUCCUCGACAACGGACCAAAGACGAUCAACCAGAUCCGACAGGAUGCAGUGAAGGAUUUGGGUGUUUUCAUCCCAGCACCCAUGUCGCAGGGCAUGAGGAUGGACUUCUUCCUGGAAAGCCCCUUCAUGCCUAACAGACUGAAACUGGACAGGGAGACGCUCGGCGGAUUGGCUGAUAUGUUUGGACAAAUGCCAGGCAGUGGGAUUGGAACAGGUCCUGGAGUUAUUCAGGACAGGUACUCACCCACCAUGGGACGCCAUCGCACCAACCCCCUCUUCAAUGGCCACGGCGCCCACAUCGUUCCUCAGCCCCAGUCGCAGUUCGACAUGGGGGCCAAGUCCUCCUUCGUGAAGUCCAACCAGGUUCAGAACCAGCAUUUCCUUAGCCAGAGCCAGAACCACACGGCCCAACAGCAGGUCCAAUCCAAGGACAUACCCCCUCGCUUCAGCAAGAAAGGACAGCUCAAUGCAGACGAGAUCAGCCUUCGACCGGCUCAGUCAUUCCUCCUCAACAAGAGUCAGGUUCCUAAACUCACGCCGCAGAUCCCAUCCAUGAUGCCUCCCAGCGCCCAGCCUCCUCGCACACAAACGCCACCUCUGGGACAGCCCCCUCAGCUCGGCUUGAAGACCAACCCGCCACCCAUCCAAGAGAAGCCUCCCAAGAUCAACAAGAAACCGCCCCCUGCCAGGGAGGACCUGGUGAAGAUGACGGAGGCAACCAUGAGCAAGUACUUCACCAGCAAGAACCUGAGCGAGGGCGUCAUAGGUCUACGUGACAUGAAGGCCCCCAAACACUUCCUUCCUGAGAUGCUGAGCAAGAUCAUCAUGUGCUCUUUGGAACGACCCGACGAAGACAAGGAGCACGCCAGCACCCUGAUCCACGCACUGCGCCUUGACGGACUCAUCACGGCUGAAAACUUCAUGCAGGCUUUCCUCAACGUCUUAGACCAGUGCCCCAAGAUCGAGGGAGACGUGCCCCUGGUCAAGUCUUACCUGGCCCAGUUUGCCGCGCGGGCUGUCAUCGCCGAGCUGCUGAGUGUGGCCGAGCUGGCGCACCCGCUUGAGAACGGCACCCACUUCCCGCUCUUCCUGCUUUGCCUACAACAGACCGCCAAGCUGAAGGACCGCGAGUGGCUCACUGACAUCUUCCAGCAGAGCAAAGUCAACAUGCAGAAGAUGCUGCCAGAAAUCGACCAGAACAAGGAUCGCAUGCUGGAGAUCCUGGAAGGCAAAGGCCUGAGCUUCUUGUUCCCGCUGCUCAAGCUGGAGAAGGAGCUGCUGAAGCAGAUCACGGCAGACCCGUCUCCACAGUCCAUCUACAAAUGGAUCAAGGACAACAUCUCCCCCAAGCUCCACACCGACAAAGGCUUUGUCAACAUCCUCAUGACCAGCUUCCUGCAGUACAUUGCCCAGGAGCUGUGUGUGUCCGAGGGCGACGAGCAGCUGUCGGCCCCUUCCAAGGAACAGCUGGAGCAGGAAAAGACCCUGCUGCUGGCCUUUAAGCCUGUCAUGCAAAAGUUCCUGCACGACCACACCCAACUGCAGGUCAGCGCCCUCUAUGCCCUGCAGGUGCACUGCAACGCCAAUGGCUUUCCCAAAGGCAUGUUGCUGCGCUACUUUGUCAACUUCUAUGACAUGGAGAUCAUUGAAGAAGAAGCCUUCCUUGCAUGGAAAGAAGACAUCACCCAAGAAUUCCCUGGAAAGGGAAAAGCAUUGUUUCAGGUCAAUCAGUGGCUCACGUGGUUGGAGACGGCCGAAGAAGAGGAAUCAGAGGACGACGGCGAUUGAACAGGCGCCACACACACAAGAUUAUACUUUGCCUUUUGCUUUGCGUUCAUUUCCGCCAUCGAUCGAUCCACUAAUUGAUUGAUUUGAACCACUAACGAAUAACAGCGCCCCGUCUCGACCCCUCCCACCCACUUUGUGCUCCUCUCCUUCCAUUCUGUGGCCAUGUGUGGUGUUUUUUUUUGUUUUUUCUUUCUUUCUUUGUAACGUUUCUUCCUUGUUUUGACUAAUUAGCUUCCCCGGAAACAAACAUCAAAGUUUAUAAAAACUUUUGGUUUAGAUGGCCUUUAUUUGCGUUUUUUUUUUUUUUUCUCCUCCCCUUUCUUUCAUCAAUGAAAUACUCCCAAAAGUUCCUCCUCUACUAGUCGCGGGUGACUUUCUACCUCUUAAGGCAGACUUUUUGCGUUAAUCUUUCACACAAAAAGCUGUGCUUGAAUCUAUAUUUCCUCAAAUUAUGGCUGAAAUUCUCACAAAAAAAAAAAAUCACAAAAGCUUACGUGUAUUACAUUAAUUCUUCGGUCACGUCAAAGACUUUCAGAAACUGCUAAGCAAAACAGCAGCACCUAGUGGGGGACAUUAACAAUCUAGUUACCAGCUGUUCUUGCAUCAUGAAAGGAAAAACAAGAAAUUCAGACGUGGUUGACUUGAGGAGCUGCCUGGCAAACGGGUCUGUAAUGUUGGAUGUUAUUUUCAUUUUAAACCACUUUUCACUUGAGGUAAAUUGUUACAUACCGCCUAAUGAACUUUAAUAUUUAAAAAAAAUAAAGAAAUGAAGGCGUCCCGCCCAUCUGCAGUUGAGUAACGCCCCGCACUUGGCCAUCAUUUUCAGAAAUAGGGCAAUCAUCUGCCAAGUGACGUCGCUUCAUCACGUAGAAGGCCUUUUUUUUUUUUUUUUGUUUUUAAACAUUUGAAUGAAUUAAAAAAAAAGCAAGUACCUCCUAAAUCUCCCCCCUACUACUCAAUUUACCUUUAAAAACUGCUGAGUCAUUGUAAGUGAACAUCGUUGUACUCAUUCAUCAUGAUUGUGCACCUGCUUUAAUGUCAAUAAAGUCAGUGAAUGAACACCGAUAACAACA